GGGUAGAGUGUCGAACCUCAGACGUGCGCGCCACACUCACGUUCCAUCCCUAUCCAUGCCGUCGCUGUUUGGGCCCCAGCCCCCUUGUCCAAAGGGGCACGCUGGCAGCUCACCGCGCUCGUCGCAGUCAAUCGCGGGCCCCAGCGCCGCGCGGCGCGGGGGCGGGACGCGAUGUGCCGCUCCAAGGAGGCGCGGGAGCACUUCAUCUUCGUCCCGUGCGCGCCGCCGCGGCGCGUGGCGCGCGGUGUGAGGCACAGGGCCUUCCUCGAGGCCUGCUUGCAGCCCUCUGCGCUGGCGCCCGUCCGCGCCGCCGCCCCGGCUGCCGCCGCCGCCGGGGCCGCGCCUUCGGCGAGGUCCCUGGGCGCCGCGGUGGCCGGCGGGGCUGUGUGGGCGGCGGGCGCGGCGACGCUGGCGGGAAGCCUCCCGGGCGCGGCCGCCGCCGCCUCGAUGGUCAAGGUGGCCAUGAUGGUGCCGCCGCCGAUGGCCACGCAGCCCGCUUCGCGGAGUGGAGAGGAGAACGCCCAGGACACUGCGGUGGCCAGGCGGGAGGGCGGCUUCAUGGACACGCUGUUCCCAGGCUUCAGCGCGGACACGUUCAUCUGGCGGAUCUCGGUGCUGCAGCUCGUGGAGUACGCGGGCUCCGUCCUGCUGGGCAACAGCUACGGCGUUCCGAAGCUGUGCUCCCUCUACCUCCUGGGCGCCUCGUGGGGGCCAGCCAUCGCCGGCGGCGCCGUGUGGCGCCUGUUCCUGCCGAUGAUGCUCCACGCGAACCCGCUGCACAUCUUCUUCAACAUCUUCUUCCAGCUGCGGAUCGGUUGCAACAUGGAGAAGCAGUUCGGGAGACGGAAGUUCUGUCUGCUGUACCUCUUCUGUGGCUUCAUGGGCAACCUCCUCUCCGUGGUCGCGGACCCCAUGAAGCUCGCCGUCGGCGCGUCCACCAGCGGCUUCGGCCUGCUCGGGGUGUGGGCCGCCGAGGUGAUGCUCACCUGGGAGCUGCUCGGCGAGAGCCAGGGUCGCGUGUUCCUGUGGUUCGCGUUCAUGCUGGGCAGCUGCGUCAUGAUGUCGGCCAUAUCGCCGAGCGUCGACUUCAUGGGGCACUUUGGGGGCGCGCUCGCUGGCUUCCUCCUGGCCAUCAUGCUCGCCGACAUGCAGGAGGAGCACAGGCCGGAGUGGUACGGCAAGGCCAAGACGUCGGCCAAGAAUGCCACCGCGCUGAUUAUCGGGCUCAGCCUUCUGAAGGCCAUCACCCUUGGGCCUGACGGGCCGAUCCCUCACUGCGGCUCCAUGCUGCACCCGCUGCAGCUGCCCUUCUGAGAUUCUGAGAGGUGGAGCGCGCUCUCGCGCCAGGCAGCCCGCGCCCGGUCCCCGUCUUGCCCUGUAGAGUCAGUGCGUCUCUCCUCAUCGGGCCUCGCCCCCUUGUCCUCUAUACCCCUUCUGGGCUUAGCCUGCCCGUGCGCAGCGGAGCUGCCGUGCCCGCGCGGUGAACGGCAGAUGCCUCAGACGGCAUCUCGAGAGGUCGCGUGCGCAGCCGAGCUGCUCCCUUGCGGAUCCCCGCCGCGGCCGAGAGGCGCGCUGGGGAGGAGCAGCGAGGAGGACAGCACUUGGGCCUUCGGCCGGCCGCGGGCGCUGCCGCAGGGCCGGCGCGGGUCGGCGCGUCUCGGCGCGCGCGCGAGCCUUGCUUGUGGAGAACGCCCGCGGCGGCGCGACGGCGGCUUGUGGAGAAAACAUGUAAUCUCAGCGAAGAACUCUGAGAGCGAUGCGACGC